CUCAAAAACAAAACCACUGUUCCCCGUCCCCAUUUUUUUCCGGGCAUAAACACGGGGCUCGUCCCGUGCUUGCUCGCCGCCGCCGGCGGGUCGUGGCGAGGCCGCCGCCUCCCCGUCUUCUGCUUCCCCGCCGCUGCCACCCCCUUCGCUUCUCCCCCUGCGUCCGGUCUCUGUCGCGGGCGCCUCCUCAUCUCGCUUCUCCGCCGCCGGCGCGGCCUUCUACCCUUUCCGUGCUUCCCCGCCGCCACCGCCGCCGCCGUACCCAUCCAGAGCGACGGACCUCUUGAGCGUCUGCAGAUUCCUUCCACUCUCGGUUUGAUUAGGGCUUGGAAGGUUUGUUUGGUCACACUCAGCGCUGAUUGGUGGAAGGUGUUGUUGUGGUUCUCUGUUGUCUGAUAUCUCGCUGGAAUCCAUAGUGAGAGCGUGGCUGCUGUUCGUACCUUUUUGAGCUGUGACGGAAUGGAGUGCAACAAGGAUGAGGCCCUUAGGGCGAAGGAAAUUGCAGAGAGGAAGUUCCAAUCCAGGGACCUGCAGGGGGCCAAGAAAUUCGCCCUCAAGGCCAAGGCUCUCUUUCCGGAUCUCGAAGGUAUUGUGCAGAUGAUCACUACCUUGGAUGUUUACCUUACUUCGGAGGUGAAGAUUGCUGGUGGGAAGGACUGGUACUCUAUCCUUUCCGUGGACAUGUCGGCAGAUGAUGAAACUCUGAAGAAGCAGUACAGGAAGUUGGUGCUUCAGCUCCAUCCCGACAAGAACAAGUCAGUUGGUGCUGAGGGUGCUUUCCAGAUGGUUCAAGAGGCAUGGACCGUGCUGUCCGACAAAACCAAGAGAGCGCUGUUUGACCAAAAAAGGAAACUGAUUGCAAUGCAACAGAAGACAUCUCAAUCAAAUAAGACAAGUGCAGCCAAUGGCUUUGAACAUUUCGCAGCCAAAGCACCCGCUUCCAAGGCAAGUGCAAACAAAGAAAAGACAGGAUCAGCAACAUCUGCAGUGCGCCAGCGCCCGCCCCCGCCCCCACCCCCACAGCGCCCGUCUCCACCCCCGCCACCACAGCGGCCGCUUCCCCGCCAUCAGGCUGCUGCUCCAGCUCCACCUCCAGCAGCACAACCUACAUUUUGGACCUCAUGCAACAGGUGCAAGAUGAAUUUUGAAUACCUCAGAGAGUAUUUAAAUCGCAAUCUGCUUUGCCCUAGCUGCCGCGAGCCGUUCAUAGCAAAAGAGGUUCCGAUGCCACCACCUGAGGUUGUUCAGGCAGUACGUGAUUCAAACAUCCAUGGUGCAACUCACGAUGCAAGCACUGGCAGAAAGUUUCAGUGGGGUCUGUUCUCAAGGACAGCUGGUCCAGCUAGUGCUACUGCAUCAUCUGCUGCUGGUGCUCAAGCUGCUAAUAUGGUUCAUCAGACGUAUGAGAAAGUCAAGAGAGAGAGGGAGGAGGCGCAAGCUGCAGCAAGAAGGGAAGAAGCUCUUCAGAGGAAGCACAAUCCUCUAAAAAGGAAAGCAAAUGUGUCCGAGAAUGUUAACCAUGGAAUGGGUGAUGUUGCAUCUGGAAAGAAGAUGAAAACUGUGGGUAACGAUGCUGGAGUUGGUUCUUCCUCCAUUCUCUCAGGUCCAUGGGCCAAUUAUGUUGGAACGCCUGGUGGAACUAUACCAUUUUCAAGCAACAGUGGAGCCUUUGAGUUUCAAGGUGCUAAUGGUGUGAUACCGAAUUGGAGACCCAGGCCUUCUACUCGGAUCAGCGUAACUAGGACUUUCUCUAAGAAGGAUAUUAGGAGCAUUUUGAUUGACAAGAUGAAGAGCAAUUUGAGGGAGAAUCUAAAGGAGAUAAGAAGUAAACCACUCCAAGUUACAGUUAAUGGAAAAGCUAGCGAGAAACAUGUGGUUAACGAACAUGUUGAGGGUAAUGAAACUCUUGCAUCAGAUGAUUCUACCGCAAACAAAGAUGUCUCUGCUGAUCCAGAGGAGAAUGGUUCUUCUAAUAGCGCAGAUGCUGAAAAUGAAGAUGACAACACUUUCUCCUAUACUGUUCCUGAUCCUGAUUUCCAUGAUUUUGACAAGGAUCGUACUGAGGAAUCUUUUCAGAGUGAUCAAAUUUGGGCUUCAUAUGAUGAUGAAGAUGGUAUGCCUCGUUAUUACGCAUACAUUCAGAAAGUUAUCUCCUUGACUCCAUUUAAGGUCAAAAUAAGUUAUCUCGCAUCGAGGACAAAUAGUGAAUUUGGACCAUUGAAUUGGGCUUCUUCUGGCUUCAUAAAGACAUGCGGUGAUUUCAGGAUUGGUAAAUACGAAACCGUAGAUAUAAUCAAUAUGUUCUCUCACCAGAUAAAAUGGGAGAAAGGUCCACGUGGGGUGGUCAAAAUUUAUCCGCGGAAAGGUGAUAUCUGGGCUUUGUACCGAAAUUGGUCCCCUGACUGGAAUGGAGAUACUCCUGAUAAUGUGCUUCAUGUUUAUGAUCUGGUUGAGGUACAGGAUGAUUAUGAUGAAGAUAAUGGAAUUUCUGUCAUUCCCUUGAUUAAGCUCACUGGAUUUCGAACAGUUUUCCAGCAUCAUCAGGACCGGGAUGCCAUCAAGAGGAUUCCAAAGGGAGAGAUGUUUCGGUUUUCACAUCAGGUUCCCUUUUACAGGAUGUCAGGGGAAGAAGCUCCAAAUGUCCCUAAAGGUAGCUUUGAGGUAGAUCCAGCUGCUAUCUCUAAAGAACUUCUUCAGGGAAUCACUGAAACUGUGAAGGAGGCAGAGGGAACUUCUAAAUGCUGAUUAAAACAGUUGAUGCUGACUCGGUUAUGCCUUUGUUGACCUGCCGUUUUGAAUCAAAUAUUUGUUGACAUCUGCUAGUUUCUAUAGUUUCCUAGCCUCUACUACUUUUGACUAUCACCUUUGUAUACAGUUGUUGGUCUGGGGCUAGCCAUUCCUAAAUCAUCUUGUAUGGCAUCUGGGCAUGUGUCUUGUCAUCUCAAAACUUAAACAGUGAUGCUGAUAAUGUGAGUUAGAGACAUAGUCAUUUUGUAUGUCACAAAAACUUGGAAGUGCUGAUACUUCUACAAUAUGUUGUUUUAUCUCUAGCUGUAUGAGAAUGAAGGUUUUGCUAUUU